AUGGCAGAGACCCGUUUCAAGUUUGGUUACUGGAAGAUCCGCGGCCUGGGCGCAUGCUGCCGCAUGCUCUUGUGGUACUGCGGCGAGCGGGACUUUGAGGAUCGCAUGUACGAGCAGGGCGACCCCCCAGCGCUGUCACGCCAGGAGUGGUACGACGAGAAGUAUACACUGGGGCUCGACUUUCCCAACCUCCCCUACCUUUUUGACCGUGUCAAGGGGCUCGGUUUGACCCAAACCAUGGCCAUUCUGGAGCACGUGAGCCGUGAGCUGAAGCCCGAACUCUUGACGGGCUCUGGCCGCGAUGCGCCCCGCCUGACCAUGGUCCUCAACUUUGUCAUGGACCUGCACAGCAAUUUGUCCUCCUACUUUUACCGGGCGUCAGAGGACGAGGCCAAGCGCAUGCGGGAGGAGGUGUUUCCGACCCAGCUGGCGUUGCUCGAAAAGUAUCUGGAGAAGGCCGAGGGCCCGUUUUUGGGUGGACAUCUGACGUACGCGGAUUUUUAUGUGGCCGAGGAACUGGACCAUGCGGUGGAACUGAUCCCCGGUUUCUUGGACGAAUUCCCAAGCGUCAAGGCGUACUGGGAGCGCUUCUUUGCCCUGCCCGAGAUUGUGGCCUUUCGUGCCUCGCCCCACCACUGCACGCUCGUUAACAACAAGGUGGCCAAGAUGAACAACUUUGUGUUUCCCGCUCCGGCCGCGGCGUCCGAGUAG